AUGGCUCCGGUGUCGGGGGUCCCGUGCUUCCCAGCACAGGCUUCCGCGGCAGCCCCGCCUCCCACCCUGAGAGUCUCGGCCAGGCUACGGGGCAGGCCUGGCCUGACCCUCGGGGAGCCCUGCGCAGCCCGCUCGCUGCUAGGGCCAGGCCAAGUGCCGCCGCCCCGCGCCGCUCCCCGGCUGGAGCCCUCGGGUCCCAGCUGCGGUCGGCCACCCUCCGCCCUGGAGCCGCCGCGCCCGGUACCGUCCCAGGUGUCGGAGGAGUCCAACUGGGCUGAAAAGCUCGACUCCCUGCUGCAGGCUUCAGAUGGCAAUGUGGCCCGCAUCAAGGUGGGCGGGGAGCGCUGCAGACCCCAGCAGCGGCUCUGCCCCCUUGGGGUCUCUUCACCUGGUGAUUCAAGCCUGGCUCCUUCAGGGUCCUGGGUGCCCCAUUCUAAUUCCCAAGGGGAACCACCUCGUCAGGUCUGGACCCUGGAGCCCACCCAAGAGGGGCAGGCCUGGGAUGACGCCUGCUUCUCCUUGUCGCUGUGGGAUGAAAUUGCCACUCUUCGGAACCAGCUCCGGACCCAGGCUCAGGUGACGGUACUGAUGAGUCAGGCUGUCCAGGGUCUGAUGGAAGACAGGGAGCGUCAGCGAUGCCAGAUUGAUGAGCUAGAAGAGGAGCUGGGCCGGCUUCGAGGGGCCCCUGAAGGGCGAGCACGGCUGGAACAACGAGUGGAAGACCUGAACUCAGAGCUACAGAGUCUCCGUCGACAGCUGCAGGCCCGUCCUGGGGAAGCUGGUGUGACAGCCCUCCUGCGCCAAGAGCUGCAGAAUGAUCGCCAGCUGCUGUGGGAGGAGUAUGAGGUUGUUCGAGGGGAGCUGAAGCUUUUGCGGGACCAGCUAGGCCAACAGCAAGAGUUGUUACUGAGACAGAUGGCUGAAGCCCGGCAGGCUCAGGGGCGUAGUUGGAAGCCUGUGCCUGGGCAGGUGCUGGAGCAGGUCCAGAGUGAUCAGGAAGGCCACAGCCGCGUGGUGGACGCUGCCAGGGUGGAGGCCCGGGAUGUUCGGCAGGAGAUCAAUCUUCUCAGGGCCAUGGUGUGUUCUCUGCAGGCCCAGAUUCGAGGAGAACCCCCACCCCGGCCAGACUCUGCCAUCUCUAGCUCUGACCUGAGCCUCCUAGACAGUGACAGCAGCUGGGACAUACCUUCUCGCGAUCCUGCCAUGCCAGCAGAACCUCACAGCAACACCGAAUCCAGCACCGAGUCCGGCCCAGAGACCAGCGCUUCCCGGCCUCCUGUGAAGAGCCCCCAGACAUCUGACCGGUUAAACAAAGCACCGAAGCUGCUCCUUGGUGACCUCUGAAUGGGCCAGCCAGCUCUCCAUGCCCUGGCUUGCUGAAGGACAACGGAAAUCCUCUGGGCAUCGGGGAGGGAAAGCAGAGAGAAGCAGCUCAUCCCCAGGAGCCUUCCCUCCCCCCAGAAGAUUUCUUGCUGGCCCCAAAUCGCUGCACUCUGCUCCCUGGUUCCCCUCUUUCUCUUCUCAUCUCCUCUAAGAUUUCUUCCUUUUCCCUAUACUUCAAAUCUGAAAUAAAAAAAUGUUAACUAUC